UGUUGCUCCGAGGUACUGUUAUACGAAAUUCAACCAAUUUACAGCAGUCACCGUUGCCAUUGUGAUAGUGUCAAUAGUUAUUUAAUUUUUUUUUUAGUACGUGUGUUCAAUAUUUAUUUUUUUUCUAACAUAUAUAUUUUUUUUUUCAAAAUCCCCCACCACUCCCGGGAAAAAAAAUCCUGUAUGCGCCAUUGACUAGUACGUAGCACGAUAACGGUACGUGCACCAGUCUGCCACCCGACAAACACCGCAGAGCACAAACAGGCGGAGGGUUUAUCAGCGGCCGCUAACCGGUUCGAGCCGACGACCCGCGACCCCCGCGGCGGCCGGGCCAAGGGGAAGGCGAGCCGCGCUGCGACCGGCGCGAGGCGGUUGUCAGUAAGGAGGGGGGUCGCGCAACAACUCGCACGUAUCGGGCGACCUUGGACCCUCCGCCACCGCCGGAGUCCCGCAGCGCAGUGCCGCGCCGCCAGCCGCAGCAUGGGCACCCUCGCGCGCUGCUGCGCCCCAGGAGCGUGGCAGCUGUCCAGAGCCGAGCCGCGGCGGUCCAGCAUGGGCGAGACUCCAGCCGACAGUCGGGCAGCUGCCCUGCUCGGCCUGCAGAAUGACACUGAGGCAAGUAACUCCAGCGUGGAAUUGAGCUCAGAACUCGAUCACAUUUCCCUGCGGGACAAAUACCACGGAGUCAAGUGCAGGUGGGCGGGCUGUGGCCUGUGGCUGAGCCAGCUGGAAGCCCUGGCGGUCCACGUGACCCGGGUACACGCCGCGGCGGGCCUCAGGGGCCUCUUCUACUGCGGCUGGCAGGGCUGCGCCAGGGGUGACCGCGGCUUCAACGCCAGGUACAAGAUGCUGGUGCACGUGAGAACCCACACCAACGAGAAGCCUCACCACUGCUACAAGUGCGACAAGAGUUUCAGCCGGGCGGAGAACCUCAAGAUACACGCACGCUCCCACACAGGGGAGAGACCGUACGUGUGCCCCGUCCCGGGCUGCGGCAAGGCCUACUCCAACUCCAGCGACCGCUUCAAGCACACGAGGACACACUCGGUGGACAAGCCGUACUGCUGCAAGGUCCCCGGCUGCCCCAAGAGGUACACGGACCCCAGCUCGCUGCGCAAGCACGUCAAGACGUACCGCCACCUCCCGGACGCCCCGGAGGAGGAAGUGGGGGGCGCCGCGGGCAGGACGGAGUGGCUGGGGGGACGCGGCGAGGAGGACGCGAGGUACGGGCUGCUGCUGCGGUCGUGGCUGCGGGGAGGGGCCACCCCUCCCCUGCCGUGGGGGGUGUCCAUGUGGGCGGAGGUGAGCAGCGACGAGCUGCCCCUCGAUCUCACCGUGCACCGCGCCGGCACCGUCACGUAGUGUUCGCGAUCAAGCACCUUGUGAUAAACUGACUGUCGGCAGUGGAUCCUGAAUCUCGUGCAGCAAGGGCAGGGCUGCGGUCCGGAAACUAGUGAUUUUCCCAGUUUUUCCCACCCCCUGGAUCCACUCGGACUGUUAGCAUCUCCCGAACAUUGCAGUAGGAUAAAGGUUGUUUUUUUAAAAUUAAAAUGUAUUUUUUAAUAAUUGUUUUUAUAUUAAUUAUUUAUUUGUGUUGUUUAGUCAUUGUCUAACAUGAUAAACUGUUUUGAAAGCAUUUCAUUUUCUGUGUGACUCAUUGUUGACUUAAUAUGCAUUUAUUCAUGAUAUUAAUAAUGUUUAUUUUGAGAUUUUGGUUUCACGCUACAUACCAAAUUUUUUGAUUCGUACUAUGAAUCAAAAACAACUUCUUAGAAGGCUUCAAAGACUGAUAGUAAUUUGCUUAAAUAUUUGGCCAUGAAGAACUUAGUAUUAGUGCUUGUCUUUAUCAAUGAGACACAAUAAUAUAUUUCAAUUAUAUUUUUUAUAUUCAUCCAUUAGCAUUAGGGUACCAUACUCAUAUUCUAUUAAUCUUUAAAUGGUUCAUAUCCACACUGCCACAAAGCUUUGUCACAUAGCUGCACAACCAUAUAAAACAUAACAAGUUUUUAAGACAUGAAAAUUUUGGUAAAACAAAAAUUUCUAAUGCUAAUAAUGACCUUUACUUACAAUAAUAGAGCAAUCCUCCUGCUCUAUUAGAUUAAUAGCAAUGAAUUUUCACUUUAUGAAACUAAACUACCCUGUUUUCAACCCAUUAGUGUGGCAUUUCUGAAAAAACUAAUAUGUAGUUGGUAAUUUUUAUAUGUUUAGUAUUCAUAACCUAUAUAAUAACUUUUGCUUCAUUAGCUUCAGAGCUUCAGAUCUUAAUUAUUAUAAAAUACAACUACCGCCUUCUCAUGCCUUUAGGAGUACAAUUUCGUAAAGACACAUAGCUAGUGUAAAAAUUUAGUUAAAGACCUUACUAAUACAUGAGGUUUUUUAGAAACAUGUUUGGUGGUUUUCACAUAAUGUGGGAACAAACAAAGUGACAGAAAGCCUAAAAACUUUAUAUUUAAAAUCUUAAGAAUGUAAAAAGUAAUUAGCUACUAUUUUUAUCAUAAUUUCAUGUAAUGUACAGACUAAUUACCCCAAAAAGUUUUAAGAUAGCCGAAGUAUUUUGGUUCAAUAAAGCAUACACACUGCCAUUUUUAACUUCCUGAUUGUGGGAACUUAAUAUUUUGUAUCAUAUUUCUUCAUAUUUGCUAUAAUAAAUAUAUAAUUACAUAUUAUUAAAAUUUAAUUGAAUAGAUAUGAAAUAACUAAAAAUUUGUAAAUCAAGCAGUGUUAAGGAAACUAUGGAAAAGUAAGAAAAAUAAGUUACAUCAAAGUAAUUUGCGAUUUUAUUCACUUUUCAAAAUAACAUUUCCAAGGAGUAAAAUGGAUAAUUUAAUUCUAUAGUAAAAAUAUAUAUUUCCCAAAAUAAUAAAGCUGAUGUUAAGGAAUUGUAUUUGUAUAAUAAACAUACUAAAUCAGGAAACAUUUAUAAGCCAUAUCCAAAAAAUCUGCCUUUAAAGGGGUGAAAAAUGGGUUAAGUUUUUUAUAACAAAAAAAACAUAUUUCCAAAGCUUAUCAAACAAGAGGUAAAAAAGUAAGGAAAAUAACAUGCAUAAAGAGUAACGUGAAAAUUUUUCAAUUAUUCACAAUUUUAUCGCUAAGGGAUGAAAAGGGAGUAAGUUUGGUUUCAUAAUAAAAAACUGUUCCUCCAAAGCUAAUCAAGCAGAAGUUAAAAAUCUGGGUACCUAACGUAUAAAAAAAAAACUUCAAAACUCUCUUAAUAUUUUUGCAUUCUCACCUAAGUGAAAGGUAAGAAACGAGGCAACACUAAAAAAUAAAAUAUUAUAUACUAGUUGCAGGGGUGUAUAAGGAAAGAAUGUUGGGGAAGAAAGAUAUAUCCACCCCCCUACCCCCCUCCCCCUUUUCCAAUAAAUCCUAAAAAUCCUAUCUUUCCCUCCAACAAAAGAAAGAAUUUGAAACCAAUCAGUAGGCAAACAGAUUCUAUCCCCGUUCCUCCUGAAAUGAAAUUCUGCUUAUGCUCCUGAUUAACUGUGGUACCAUCGUAAACUUGUUCAAUUUCCAUUUUGUAUGUAUACUUGUAGCUAUGAAAAUAACUUAUAUCUACAGUACCAUUACUACAUACAAAGAGUACUUUGUGAUAAAAUAUUAAAGAUCUAUCUCUUUACAAAAUUUACACUAAAUGGUAAUGAGUACAAAAAGUUUUAUAUCGGAUAGCCAUUAUCAUGGUAUGACUUACGGAUAAUUUUUAUAUAGUUUUUCAGUUCCUGGUCCAUAGAGCCCAAAACCAUCGUCAACUCAAAAGUAUAUGUAUGUGUGUCUAUGUAUGUGUGUCUAUGUAUGUGUGUUUAUAACAUUUUUAUCCAAACUGAUACAUUAAUUAUAGUAAUAUAAAAUCUCGGUUGAAUUCGUUAAUGGGCAAAAUCCAACCAAAGGAGAUAGAAAUGGGGAAGGUUUAUUGAAAAACAGAAAAAUUAGUAUAAGUCCCUUAAUAUGUAAAAUAUUGCAUCCAUUUGAACAUAUUAUAACUUGUAGGAGUAAUACCAAAACAUUGGUCCAAAUAAAUUUAUAAUACGAUCAACAAUUGCAAGAGGUGGAAUAAACAGGGUUUUGAGGGAAAAAAUUUCAUAACUCCCUCAGUAGGCACACCAUUGAAUCCAUUCUUCAAAUGUUUUACAUAUCUUAUAAUUUUUAUCUAAAAAUUUUGUCUGAAACUAUUUUUGAUAAGACAAAUAAUUGCUGCAGGGGGUUAAACAAAAUAGGGGUAGUAUUUAAAAAAAAUUCAUUAUUUCCUUUCCAUGUACAUUAUUAAAUCCAAUCAUAAUUAUUGUAAAACCUUAAAGUAUUAUCUAUUGGCUGAAAUAAUAUUUUAUACCACCAACUAUUACUGCAAGAGGUUAAAAAAAACAGGGGUUGAAGGACAAAAUAUCAAAGUACACUAUUAAAUGUGUUCGAUUUGUUUAUACACCUUAUAAAUACAAUCUAAAACUUAGGUUGAAACAAUUUUUGAUAAGACGAACCAUACUAUUGAUGCCAUUCUUAUUUAGUUUAAACUUCCGAAAUAUUAUCUGAAACUUUUGUCUAAAGUUAAUUUUUAUGUAACCAACCAUUACUGCAAGGGAUGGAAUCAACAAAGGUUGAAAGACAAAAUCAUAACUUUUUUAGUAGGUGUACUAUCAAAUCCAUUACAAUUAUUGUAAAAGUACUAAAUAGUAUCUUCAACCUUUGUCCAAAACAAAUUAUUAAAUGAUUACAUAUUAGUGCAAGGGAUGAAAAAUAGUGUUUGAAAAUUAAAAAAAAAUUAUAACAACCUUAGUAGGCAUUGUAUUAAAUUCAUUCUAAGCUAUUCAAUGCUGGAUGCAUUGAGUUAAAAACAUUCAAAAAAUUUUCGCUACAUGGAAUACCUAUGUGAAAAAAUUUUGUCAAUCAUUUUGGAAUAUUGGAGAACAUAAAUGAUGUUAUGUACAAUAAGUUCUUAAAAUGUUCAAGAAGUUUAUUAAAGUUUCUGGAACAUUUCAAGAACAAGAAACAGAUACUUCGACAUCUACCUAUACCUGUAGGCUGUGCCGAAAUGGAUUUUUAAAACAUUAAACAUAGACAGUAUGCUGAAAACCUGUAUUGCAGCCCAUGUUGCUGGGUGGAUUGUAAAUUGAUUUGAAUGGGUUUUACAUAAAGUUAUAUGCUUUGUGAUUGGUUAAAAUCUACAUUAAAUUUUAAUAUAAUAUAUUGGCUACUAUUUUACAAAUCUUUUCAAUAUUGGUUCAUUAGUAAAGAAGUAAUUGAGUAACAAAGUUCCAGACAUUCAAACUUUCAUAUUUAUAUAUUAGAAUGACUUCAUGAAUAAUGUCUCUACUAAAAAACUGUGGUUGACUCCUGUACAGUCCUACCACAAGUAAACAAUAGACAACCAGUACUUUUAAUUACGUACCUGAAAUUCUUUUUUAAUGGAGUAUAAUCACUUUUGUCCAACUUCCUAUUAAUAUGAAUUUGAAAGUUUGUGAGUUUGGAUUUGUUUUUACUGAGUCAUAUCUUUACUACCGAAUCAAUUUCAAUAAAAAUUGAAACACACACAACAUACAUACUGGAUUAACACAUAGGUUAAAUAUCUCUACGAAAUUACACCCCUAACAUGGUAGAAAUGGGGUGGGUUUGGUUCUAUACAGAGUAUCUCAUAUCACCAGUUCUGUGGAAGUUGAGAAACUCUUUAAGAGUUAUGUCAUGUGUCAGGUCUAUUAUCUUGAAAUUUAUAUGCAAAGGGUGUGUAAAGGUCGUAAGUUUGGUUUUAUAAUUAUAAAUCAUAUCUGUGAAGAUAAUAAUUUGGGAAUUAAUAUUAUCGGAAUAUAAAUAAUACACACAACUACAAACUACUUUUUAACCCUUUCUAAAAUUCCUCACCUAUGGGAGUGAAAGGGUGGUUGUGUUGAUUUUAUAGAAAAACCCAUAUAGGUAUAUAUAUUAGUUUAAUCAAGCCAUAAUUAAAAUACUCAUACUUUGAACUCCUCUUCACCAUUUUCUGAAAUUACAUCCCUAAAAUGGUGAAAAUGGAAUUAGUUUUUUUUGUUGGAAAUAUUUGUAUCACAAAUAAUCCGAAGAUGAAGGCAAGAAAGAGAGCAUGAUUACAAACUCAAAGAGUUACAUGGUUUGUCUUUUUAAUUUUUCAAAAUUCAAUUGCUAAGGUGGUGAAAUGGGGUAAGUUUUGUCUUGUAAUAAAACUUGUGUAGCUAAAGUAAUCAAUCAUUAAGAUAUUAGAUAAAGUGGACUAGCACAUCCUACUUUUUGUAAAAAUUUGGAUGGUUGUUUUUUAGUAUUUACAAUUGAACUGAUAGUUAUUAAUUUAUGUAAUAAAUUUAUGGAUUAAAUUAGAUUAAAACAGGAUACAAUUCAUCCCAUACACCUACAGCUCCUUAGGAAAUAGCGCUUAAAUUCCAUUCACAGAGAUAUUCGUAGUGCGACAAUAGCGACAAGUAAGGACCAAGCAUUGAUGCAAAUACAUAAAUGUAGUCUACUGCCUAGGUUUGAAGUUUCCAUAAAUAAUUUUUUUCCAAUCUUAUUAAUUUUAAAUUUUAUAGUACAGUUUAAAGAAAAACAAAAAGUAGUAUUCUGUUUACAACUAUAUGGUAUAGUGGGUAUGUUAUUUUCAUAGUUACAUAUUUCCAUAUGCUUAUGUAGCUGUAACACAUUGCGUCCAAAAAUGAACCCAAUCCAUCCACGACUGGCACCAUGGCAAGUGAUUUCAUAAGUUUACUUAUUUAAAGGGAUAUAACCACAAAGUUAAUAAAACACUUGGGAUGUCCUACAGUUACCAGUGUUUUGAAUGUUUGUGCAAUCAUUCUUCCAAUGCCUUUUACAAAAAUUAGAAUUAUUGCAGGCAGUUACCUGCUCUAGUGAUUUUUUUGUGAUGUACAUACUUAGCUCCUGUAUUACUACUUUUGGGGUCGUGCCAUAGUUGCCUAUAUUUAUUUACUUUUACCUUUAAUCCAUGAAUGACUGUUUUUUUGCUCCUCUGUCAAAGUGUGCUAUACAUAAAUAAGAAAUAAUUUUCAAGAGUAUCAUUAAUUACAUAUCCCUGUUAAAAUUACAGAUUCAUUUUGAGGGUAAAAAAUAUAUAUAUAUUUUAAAAAGGGUUUCAUUUAAAUAAUUGUCACCUUCAAACUGGACAAAGUUUUUUGAAGAAAUAUUUUUUUUAAUACAUGCUCAUGAAUUUGAAUUGAAUGAAGAAAAAAAAUUAGUUUUCUUUUCAGUAUUUUGCAUAUUCACUUUUCAACAAAUGUCAUCAGCCAAAAUCUGAUUCUGACUUGGCAAUUGUUUAAUUAUUACGGAUGUUAAAUGAAGACAUGUACUAUACAAAUAUACUAUAGCUCUGUGUGUUUGACUUUGCAAUUGACCUGUGUUUGAAAAUCCUAAUAUUAUGGACUUCAUUUGUUGUUUUGUGGUGUAGUUCUUAUUAUAUUGAAUAAACUUACUGCGUAAGAAAA